AUGUCAAAUAUGGACGGCAGCACCUUCUCGCUCACGAUUGUGGGGAGCGGUUGCUCCACCGGCGUACCUGUGAUUGGGCAUCUUUCAGGCAACUGCGCGUGUGCCGUGGCGAUGCGGGAUGCGGAGGGGCCAAACAGGCGCAACAACGUCAGCCUCCUCAUUACGGUCCCAUCACCUCAUGGCGGCAGCAGCGGUGACGGUCGUGGCGUGAGACGUGUUCUUAUCGACUGCGGCAAGACAUUUCGCGACGCGUACUUCCGCGUGCUUGCAAAGCACCAAGUGCAGACUGUUGACGCCCUGCUCCUCACACACGAUCACGUCGACGCCGUGGGUGGUUUGGACGACAUGCGCGACCUGCAGCGAAUGUCGCUAGAUGGCCACGAUAACUGGUUUGUCAAGCAGUACAUCCCGACUUAUGCCUCGGCAAAGACGAUGAAUGCGCUGCGGUGUCAAUUUGGGUACAUACACCGCAACAGCCGCGUGAUGGGGUUCGCGCCACGGACCGCGGAGGAGCAUGAGUCGAUCAUGCAGCGUGUUGCCGAAGAGCGCGAGCGUGCGGGUCUGACAAACAACAUUGGGACACGCCGUUCCACCGCCCUGGAGCUGUUUACAUUGCCAGACGACACGCCGACGCCAUUUUGCAUCCCCGCGCUUGGUGCCGACUUCAAGUUCCAUGCUGUACCGGUGGAGCACGGUGCGGGGUACGUGGCUCUUGGUUUUGUGUUUGGUCGUGGCGUUGCGUUUCGCAGUGCCGGUGCCACUGGCGCCAUCGUCGCAAACCACAGCUGUGUCGUGUACCUCUCCGAUGUGAGCACUGUGCCCGCGGCUGCCAUGAUGUUCCUGCAGGAUCUUGUCAAGAUCGACGUGCUUAUUGUUGAUCUUUUGCACGGACCCGGUUAUCGGUACGAAACGCACUACUGCAUGGAUGAUGUGAUAAAGCUUGUGGCGUCUCUUCAGCCGACUUGCACGUAUACGAUUGGUAUGUAUUGCGAUGUGGAGCAUGAGCGAGGUAAUCAGCAGCUACGAGAACGACUGGAAGAACUGCGAUGCAGCGGCAAAUGCGGCAGCAAUGUUCUCUCUGUAGAGCUGGGGUUUGAUGGACUUCACAUCCUGUUGCCGCUAUGA